AUGGCGCGCACGCGGGUCGAGCCGCCGCGUACUGCCUCGCACGUGCUGUCGUGGUUGCGGCGUGGGCGUCGCGAGGAGCUACCAGUGGAUCGUGUGCUAGACACCAUCCGCUCAGUUCAUGGCGUGGUACCGCUGGGUGGACGUGUGGGCGGCGCAGAUGGCGCGACGCCCCCCGCAACACCCAAGGCUUCAGCGCUAACCUUAUUUUCGGCUGGAAAAGACGACCAAGCGGCAGAUAAAGUACAAAAGGACAAGAGCGACGAUAAACUAUGGCAGCUGCUUCUCUUAAGUGUCCAAUUACCCGCUUCAGGCGGCCAGCAGGAGCUGAGAAAUGCGCUCGAGAGCCUCCAGGGCGAUAAAAAGACCGAAAACCCACUGGAUAUCGAAACUCUGAGACGCCAAUUUUUCGCCGAAAGAAGAAACUUCUUCGCUGUACGUGUGGAGCUACUGCGUGCGGCUAACAACCCGCAGCAUCCGAAUGCCGAAGCUGCCGAGGAGGCCGUGGAUGAGCUGCUGAAAGAAGGAUUACGCGAGGCCCUGCUGGAUGAGAUCCAUGGGAGACAGUUCACCCACCCGCCGAGCUUCACCGGUGUGGGGGCGGCGGAGCGCAAGGCACUUGUGGCCUGGGAGCUGCAGUUCUUGGAAGAGGAGGCGCUGCUACGAGAACUGUUACUACUGACACUCGUGGCGUCAAGGGAGAAGGCCACUUUGGAGAGUGCAUUGAAGGUUGCAAAGACUGUAUACAACUGGGAAGUGCGAGUCUUUGACGAGGUAUUUACAGCCAGUACGUUAGCACUACCUGCGGCACAAGAAACGGCAAGAAGGUUGACACAAUUGGGUCUAUUGGUGGCUCUGAGACUACUGCAUUCUACUGGAACAGUACAGGAGCAUGCAGCUCUGCAGCAAGCGACGAAAAGUUUCUUUUUGACUGAAUUGUGUGGAGUUCCAGAUUCGAUGAGUGAGGAGCCCUUGUCGUCGCCUGUUCCGGGUGUGCUGUUGUUGGCGUGGGCUGCAUUGUUGGCUCGUCAGUACCGUGAAAUUGCUGGGUUUAACCGGGAAACCGAUGAAGCGAAGGAGCUGGAAGUUAUGUUGCAGCACACGUUAACAGCAGCGGAGCGGCUGCACAGCUUUCACUACUUGAACGCGCUACUGCGCUCGCUGGUGCUCCGCAAUGACUACGUGGACUCCGACAGCACGGCAUUCUUGUAUCCACUGAGUCUCCACGCUAAGAAGUUGUGGACACUGCCCAAUGGCGCUGCAUCGGUUGGACCACGCGGUGCAAAAGGGGAUUCCUCCCAAUACCAGAUCAACCGAGACAGCGCUCCUGUCUAUCAGCACGUGGUGGCGGGAUUUUUGAACGACAUGUUGACCUCGCUGGGGUACAUGGAGAACUUGGAUGGCGCUCAACAGCUGCAGGCGAUGGUGAAAUUCGUGUUGCCUGCUCUUUCGAACGCUCGAGUGGCCCAACAGACUCUCGGCAUUGACAUGGAAGACAGCAGCAUGACGGACAUUGUAGCUAGUACAGAAAACGCUGCGCUCCGUGAUCUACUGAAGAAAGCUCGGGCCAAUCUGCCGCACAGCUUGCUAUCGACGUGUCGUCUCCAGUUGUGCUACGUCAAGUACUCAAGUAUUUCAACAAGCCGCGAGCUGGACUGGAAGGACAUGUGA